GUGUGGAGAGAGCUACUGUUGUGGGAUACAUGCAGUGGAAAAUUGUAAUUGAAUGUUGGCAUGUGGCGUGAUUCCUCCUGACUUCAAAGGAUGAGCUGUCUUAAGAAUUUUACAACUCAAGUCCAGACAUUUAGGAAUCGGUUAUUAACACAGGCUGCAGAUAGAAACUCACACAGUGACGGUCAGCAGAGGGGGUCGGAGGGGAUUCCUCUGGCCAGGAAGGUGUGUUAUGCUGUGGGUGGGGUCCCAAAUCAGAUGACCACAGUGGCUAUCGGUGUUUCCCUGCAGAUAUUCCUUCUGGAUGUUGUGCAGAUGCAGGCCUCCUAUGUCUCCAUGAUUCUGUUUGUGAGUCGGGCCUGGGAUGCUGUGACCGACCCUCUGGUUGGAUAUCUGGUUGGUUGCAGUCACUGGACACCCAUCGGCAAACUCACUCCAUGGCUGGUUCUCUCCACUCCAUUUGGUAUCCUCUUCUAUCUGCUGCUGUGGUUUGUGCCACAAGGAUCGAUGUCUCAGGCUCUCAGCGUGCUGUGGUUCCUCACAGUGGCCUGCCUGUUUGAGACCCUCAUGAGUUGCUACAACAUUCCUUACCUCUCACUCAACAUGUUCCUGGGGGGAGAUCACAGAGACAGAGACUCUGCCACGGCCUACAGGAUGAGUAUAGAGAUGGUGGCCAUGCUGUUAGCUUCUGUAAUGCAGGGUCAAGUUGUAGCUGUUUACAACACAGAGAAGCAGGAGGCCUGUCAACAUCUGGACCAGGCUCAUGAAACAACACCUGAAAGCACAUCGUCACCACAGACUGCACCACUUCAGGAAACGCAAAAGGCUUUCCUGACCUCAGCUCUGGUCAUGGGUGCCUUGUUUUUCCUCUGUAGCCUGGUUCUAUUCCUCGGGGUGAAGGAGCAGCGGGCCCCUCUCUGCUCUGAUGACAAAGUGCGACCAUCCUAUCUGACCUCGCUGAAGAUGCUGAUAUGUCACGUUUCCUACCAGCGGCUGGUGCUUGGCUUUGUCUUCAGUGUACUUGCAUUUCAGAUGUCCUUGGCUAAUUUUGCACUUUUCUGCAGCCAUGCAGCUGGACUGGGAGCCCAGUUCCAGCACCUCCUACUGGUUCUACUGGCCUCUGCCUCAGUAGCAGUUCCCCUGUGGCAAACAGUUCUCCUGAGAAUAGGGAAAAAGGCCACAGUUUUCAUCGGAUUAUCACUCUUCAUCCCGGCAGUGAUUAUAGUCGCCUGUGUUCCCAGUAACCUGCCAGUGUUCAUGAUAAUGUGCGUUCUGAUAGGAUUCAGCGUGGCAACCAUAUUCUUGCUACCCUGGUCCAUGCUCCCAGAUGUGGUGGACGACUUUGCCGUGAGACAUCCGUCCUGCAAAGACCUGGAACCCCUGUUUUUCUCCUGUUAUGCCUUCUGCAGUAAGCUGGCAGGAGGCCUGUCUGUUGGCAUCUCAACCAUGACAUUACAGUUUGUGGGCUUCAGAGCCGGUGCAUGUAACCAUGGUGACGGAGUGGUGACGGCUCUGAUUGUGCUGUUCUCACCAGUUCCCAUCACACUUCUGCUGAUAGGGAUGGUGUUUUUUCGCUUCUACUCUAUCAAUGAGAGGCAAUGUUUGCAGCUGACCACAGUUCACCCUGAAGCUACAUCAUCCUCAUCAGACCAAAGAGAAAUCGCAGAGCAGCCAUCAGUUCUGCAGCAGCCCUGUGAUGGUGCGACAUCAACUUCACUCUAUAACACAAAGACUGACACAUUGUACAGGUCACAUUCCUCACCAGGUUCUUACAGUGAUAAAAAAAGCUCAGUCAAGUCAUCUUCCCUUUCAAAUAUAUCAAAGAGCCACUCUGGAGAAUACAGCAGGCCGAAAUCAGUUAUACAGUCAAAUGUAAAUCCUCAGUGUUAUAAACAGAGACUCAGCCCACACCAGCAAUCAGGACCAAAGAAAGUGGGCAGAAAUGUUCCUGAGAGUGAUCCUGGGUCUUUCUCCAGCAGGUCAAAUGUUAGAUCCAAAGUGUCAUGGGUAUAGUCAGAUACCUUAAAGGUCCACUGUGUAAGAUCUAGGGGGAUUUAGUGGCAUCUAGUGGUGAGGAUUGCAGAUUGCA